AAAGCUAAACGUUGUUCAUCAUUUAUUAUCAUCAGCCAACAAAAUUUUAUUUAAAACAUAUCUAUCAAAAGCUGUUAACAGGUUUUUAACACUCAAUUUAAAAAUAUUUAAUAAAAAAAACCUCAUCAUCAAAAAGCACUUCUCAAGAAUAUACAAACAAAAGAAUUGUUUUGAACAUUUUCUUUUUUAACAAAAAUAUAUCAAAAAAAAUUUUGCUGCUGCUGUUGCUAUUUACAUAAAUAUAAAAUAUAUAUCUCUAUAUCUAUUAUCGAAUAUAUAUUAUAAAUAUAAUUCAUAUUGUCGUUGUUGUUGUUGUCGCCUUAAUAAUAAUAUUAAAAUAAAAUCCACCACACCACUCUACUACUACUUACCACCAACCACCACCACCAAAAAAAAAUACCACCACAAAAUAAAUCUCAAAUAUUAAAAAAAUAAAUAUCAACAUCACUUCUUUAAAAUAACUCUAUAUUUUAUUAAAAAAAAAGCAACAAAAAAUCUUUCAAAAACACUUCAUCAUUAACUUUUAAUAAAAAAAAGAAAUCUUGUCAUCAACAUUGUUUAUAAACAAAAAUCGACUCAACAUUUUCAAGCAACACUCAGAAAAAAUUUAAACAAAUUCUUAUUCCAAAAUAAAAAUUUAACUAAUUCUUUUUUUAUCUUUCUUUUUAUGUUCAAAUAUAUAAAAAACAAACAAAACCAAAAUCUUUUUUAAAUAAAAAUUGGCCUAAAAAUUCAAAAAAAAAAAAAAAAAACAAAUCAAAAACCAAACUAAUGCUCUAAAAAUAAAAUCAAAAUAAAUUGAAUACCUCACAGCAACAAAUGUUGAUAAGCAAUGUUUAUAAACAAAACAAAAGUUAAACAGCAAUGAAACAAGUUUGAAAGUAACAUAAGAAAAGGAAUACUUUUUCUCAAAAAAAAAUUACGUCCAAGCCACAAAUUUAUAAAUAUAUAUUUAUAAGGAAACAAAAAUUAAGACUGAAAGUUUUUAAAAAAAGGAAAAUUUAUUUUACAAAGAGGAAAUGUCACAAAUGAAUACUUUAACGGAAAGUUUAAUGUCCAAUGCCUUUGAUUUAAUGGGAGGUUCAACAAUGGCUCAACAGUUUCUGGAACACAUGGAUAUGUAUACACAAAGGCAACAACAACAGCAGCAGCAACAUCAGCAACAACAGCAUCAGUAUACACUGCCAAGCAAUUUAACAGAAACACAGCAGCAGCAACAAUUUAUUAAUAAUAACAAUAAUACGCAGAACGCGUCACAACAAAUUGAUUUUUUAUUUAAUCAUCAAACGCAUACGCAACAAUCAUCGGCAGAUUCCUCAGCAUCUUCCUCGCCCACCAGUCAAUUACUGCAACAUAUGUAUAAACAACAACAACAACAUUCAACAUCUUCCUCACCUUUAAUGUUAAUGCAACAGCAACAACAACAACAGCAACAAUUUGAUAAUCAUCAACAUUAUACGCAACAUCAUCAGCAACAGCAUCAUCAUCAACAGCAACAACAACAACAACACCAGCAACAUUCCUUAAGAACAUCUCCUACCAACAACUUAGAAAAUAAUAUUUAUAAUACCUCACAGCAUUUAUUAAAUUUAAAUAUACAGAUGGAUUCCUCAACUACAUCACUACAACAGCAACAACAAUCAACACAAAAUCUAGUUAAGAAUAACACAACAACAACCACAGCAGCAACUACUACUACUACCAAUCUUAACAACAAUCUUAACAAUAACAAUUUAACUAACACAACAACCACAAACAAUAAUACGAAUGGUAACAAUAUGACUUCAUCACCACCCACAACAACUUCCUCGUCGUCCUCAUCAUCCACGGUUAUCUCAACCACUACUCAGCAACAGCAACAACAACAGCAGCAGCAACAAACAACGCCUCAUCAGCAUCAGCCACAUGCGCAACAUUCACAUCAUCAGCAUCAACAUGCUGCUGGCACAACAUCUCCUUAUAAAUCCUGUUGGUGUUAUGGUGAUUCAACCUAUCACAUGAAGAUCUUAGUGCCAGCAGUGGCCUCCGGUGCCAUUAUUGGCAAAGGAGGCGAGACCAUAGCCUCUUUACAAAAAGAUACUGGUGCUCGUGUUAAAAUGUCCAAAUCACAUGAUUUCUAUCCAGGUACUACCGAACGUGUGUGUCUUAUAACCGGCACCGUGGAAGGCAUUAUGACUGUACUCGAUUUCAUUAUGGAUAAAAUUCGUGAAAAACCCGAUUUGAAUACAAAAAUCUUGGAUGCCGAAAAUAAACAGAGCCAAGAACGUGAUAAACAAGUGAAAAUUUUGGUGCCCAAUUCCACCGCCGGCAUGAUCAUUGGCAAGGGUGGUGCUUACAUUAAGCAAAUCAAAGAGGAAAGUGGUUCAUAUGUACAGAUUAGCCAAAAGCCCAAGGAUAUUUCAUUGCAAGAACGUUGCAUUACCAUCAUUGGCGACAAGGAGAACAAUAAAAAUGCCUGCAAAAUGAUCUUAUCGAAAAUAGUCGAAGAUCCUCAGUCGGGCACUUGUUUGAAUGUCUCGUAUGCUGAUGUUAGUGGGCCGGUGGCAAAUUUCAAUCCAACCGGUUCACCAUAUGCCACCAAUCAGAAUGCUAUUAAUUCGAGUACCGCCUCGUUGAAUUCAACUUUGGGUACGACAAUUGGUGGUGCCGCUUCGGCAGCUGGUCUACUAGUCAAUGGUACGGGCAUUAAUUUGUCCUUGAAUUUGAGCACACCAAAUCCAGCACCAAAUCUAGCAUUGGCCACACAGUUAUUGGAACAUAUUAAGGUCGCUUUAAGAAGUUUAGGCUAUUCCGAAACCGCCACUACUGAAGUGUGUGCUGCCUUAGGUGUUUUAGCUAAAUACGGUGUACUCGGUAUGGGUGUCGGUUUGCCACAUGCCAAUGGUGCUCACACAACACUCGGCAGCUAUUUGGGUGUAUCCACGUUGGAUCAACAGACAGCCGCCGCCAAUGCUGCCGCCAGUGCGAGCAAUGUUUUCGGUGCCGUAGGACAAGUCAAUUUGGAACAAUAUACAGCCGCAGCUGCAGCCGCUGCUGCUGCGGCCGCCUCGCGUCCCACGCAAACACAAUUGGAUGUUGCAGCUGCUGCGGCCCAAUUUGAUCAUUUCCGUCAUUUAGGAAGUGCAGCUACAGCUGGUCAAGCUGCCACACCCGUGUCAUUGAAUAAUAAUAGUUUUGGUUUAACCGCUGCUACAGGUACCGCCACUACGGCACCCACAUUGGGUGCUAAUGCUGCCCAUUCGUUGAGCAGUCUGAGUAAGAGUCCCACACCGGGUGAUUUGGGUGCCAAGGAUACCAAAAAUGUGGAAAUUCCUGAAGUUAUUGUAGGCGCUAUCUUAGGUCCAAAUGGUCGUAGUUUAGUUGAAAUACAACAUGUAUCGGGCGCAAAUGUGCAAAUUUCAAAGAAAGGUAUAUUCGCACCUGGCACUAGAAAUCGUAUUGUAACAAUAACUGGUCAACCGAGUGCCAUUGCUAAAGCUCAAUUUUUAAUUGAACAAAAAAUCAACGAGGAGGAGACAAAAAGAGCGCGACAAAUUCCAUUAGCCACUGUUGUGAAUUAAAAAAAAAACAAAACAAAAACAAAUUAUUUAUACAUAAAAAUAUAAAUAUAUAAAUAAUUAUAUAUACAUAAAAGAAAUCUAUAUAAAAAACACACACACACACACCUACACCUCUCUCCACAUACAUACACCCUUAAUAAUUUGUAUAGAAAUUUAAUUUAACAACAUUUGUUUUAAAACAAACAACAAAAAAAAAAAAAAGAAAAUAAUUUUUAAAAUUUUUUUCUGUAAAAUCAUUAACAAAAAAAUUAUUUAUCUUAAAAAAAGAAAAGUAAUGAAUGUAAGAAAAAAAAUUCUUCAUUAUUUUUCCUCUACCCUCACACAUAACCAUUACAUACAAACAAAUAAUUUCAUUAUCAAACAAU